AUGCUGAGCCGAUAUUCAUCAGCCUUGAUGGUUACUCUGUUCUUGGCUGUUGUGUGUUUGGUAACAAGCACAUUGGCCCAGAAUGUAAUCCCAUUCACCAAUAUUGGUGUUGCUGUGCCAGCAACAUUGACCGAGAAGGGCUGGGCUUAUUAUAGCGUAAAUCCAUCCUUGUUUUCAAAUUUGAAUGAUACAGAUUUUGUUUCUUUUAUGCUUACAUCAUUGAGUGGUGAUGCCGAUCUCCAUGUGAGUAUUGUUGGCCUUCCAGAUGGCCCUGAUUGUACAAAUUGUAUCUUUUCGUCGGAAACUCCAUUCAGCGAGGUUCAAACAAUCAGCAAGGGAGACACAUCCAAAUGGCCAACCGGCACCAACCUUUUCUACAUUGGCAUUUAUGGUUACACACAGGCUGAAGUUGUUUUCAACGUGUGGAGCUCUCAAUCUAUCGUACAACUUACAGAAGGUCAGCCACAACAAGCCAGUACAGAAAGAGGAACUUACACGUACUUUAGAUACGACUUGCAAAGAAGUGCCAAGACAAACAUCACUAUUUCAGUCACUCCUGUUGAUGGUGAUCCAGAUAUUUAUGUCUCUACAAAGACUGACAAGCCAACUAGAAGCAAUUACGAGUACAGCUCUGCCUUGUACGGAUUUGAUUUGAUUAAUAUCAACCACGACCCAGAGACAACUCAAGGAGUCCUUUCAUACUACAUUGGUGUUUACUCUUAUUCCAGCACUCACUACACAAUUUUCAUUAGAAAUGAGCUUACUCCUGCCGUUCGUGUUGUGGAAGGCCAUCCAAUGUCUGAUUUGGUCGAAGCAGGACAAAUGAUUUGUUUUGCCUACGAAAAUCUUGUUCAACAACGUAUUUUGGUCAGUCUUUCACCUUUGACAUCUCGUGGAGACCCCGAUCUUUAUGUCAAAUGGGGAGAUUGCCCAACCUUGAACUCUUACGACAUUGUCAGAAGAACAACUGGUAAUGAUGCUCUUGAAAUUGAAAAGGCUGAUAGCAAGGCUGGAAGAAUUAUGUUUAUUGGUGCUUAUGGCUUUGCAAGAGACACCAAAUUCGAGCUCAUGGUCACCACUGAGGAACAUAAUACCGUCCUUUCUGAUGGUGUUGCUUUUGGAUCAAGCCUUCUUGCCGGUGAAAUUAAUUACUACAAAUAUUCUCAUGGAGAUACAGACACAAGUGUUGUUGCCAAUGUUAGAGUUUUGAGAGGUUCUGUUAAAUUAUAUUCUGCUUUCCAUGCAAGACCAAACCAAGACAAGUAUGAACGUGUUGCUGAAAUGGACGGAGGUUUGAUUAACAUGAUGUUCCCUGCGCCAACCAAGCGUGCAAACUAUUAUUUCUCUGUUGUUGCUUCCGCAAAUGCUGACUAUACCAUCACAGUCUCUUCUAAUCAAGUACCUAGUGUUUUGAGAGAUGGUGUUGACAUGUUCUGGAAUGUUGUUCCUCAAUAUUACUACAGACAUUUUAUCUUUGAAGCUGCCGACUUCAACACCAAUGACGUCUCAAUCACAGUUAACCCAUGGAUUGGAGAUGUUGACAUUUAUGUUUCAACUGAUGAUACUUUCCCAACAAAGACGAACUAUACUUGGAUGAGUGACUCUUGGGGCGAAGACACUGUUCACAUUCCUGCAAAUGAUCCAAAGGCCAACGGAAAGAAUAGAUUCCGUAUUUCUGUUUAUGGUUAUCGUGAAACUAACUACUUCACUAUUUUGGCUAUGCAAUCCAAUACUACCAUUGCUCUUGUUGAUGACGAAACUGUUCCAGGAGCUGUUUCCGUGAGAGAUUAUGUGUUCUACUCGUACGAUCUUGCUGCUCCUUCUACAAUUUCUAUUUCUCUCCACAUCUCCAGUCCUAACUCUAGCGCCACUGUCUUCUACAGUAAAACAAAUCCAAAACCAAACAGACAAGACCACGAUGGAAUGGCAUUGUCAUUGGGAGAUGCUUUCUUGACUCUUGAGCAACAACCAAAGGGAACCAUUUACCUUUCAGUUCAUGGAUGGAACAGUAUUUCAGGACGCCCAAUUCUUUACACACUCAACGUUAGAACCAGCUAUCAGCAUAUCUAUGCGAACGGUCAAUCAUAUCUUGUUCAUGUUGGACAAGGAAAGUACACUCAAUUCAAGGCUUACAUUGGUUCUCACAUCAAGAACCUUGUGGCUUCUGCAACCCUUGUUUCUGGUAACACAAGAAUGUAUAUUGCCACGGACAACUCUCCUGCCAACGAUACUCAUUUCAAUUUCCAAAACACUGAAUGGCCAGGUAACGCAUUCCUCAUUCAAAACUCCAACCCUAGCUUUAAGAGUGGAUAUUGGUUCUUUGGUGUUUAUGGUAACGUUGACUCUGAUUUCUAUAUCAGCUUGACUUCAUACCCAUAUGUUGCUUGGAUGUCUGAAGGUGUUCCAGUUCUUGGAAAGGCACCAACUGAUGGUAGUCCACUCAUUUACAGCUUCUGGAUUCCAUACACUGAAGACAAGCAAGAUUAUUCUUUCCACAUUAGACAAAUUUCUGGAUACACUGACGUUUAUGCUAUCCAAGAUUACACAGUCAACCCAUCUGCUCAAAACUUUACCUUUGUCUCUUCAGGAUCAGUAGACAGAACUUUGACUUUACCAAAGGACAAGAUUACCUUCGGUAGAGCUGUGUACUUUGGCGUUUAUGGAAAGCCUUCCGAUGAUGGCAGCUAUCCAGUCUAUGAGGUUAGCAUUGCUACUGCUACUGCUCCAAAAUUCCUUGGUCAGGAUCAACCACAAUCCCUUGUUGUUGCUAAAGGCGCUUACAAUUACUAUGAAACGUUGAACAGAUAUGCCUCAGACAAGGUUUCAGUUUAUGUUGAGUCAUGCAGUGUUUAUCCUGCUCCAAAUAUUUAUCUUUCUCACAAACAUUUCAGACCAACCGAUCAAACUAAAGACACUGUUGCUUCCACCGCCUCUGCUGAUUAUCCACACGAUUAUGUGCAAAUUGCUUCUAUGGAUGCAGCUCCUGUUGAUAAGUUCUUUAUUGGUGUUGGAAAUGCCAAGAGUGACAGUGUUGCCGAUAUUUAUGUUACCACAGGUGACGAUGCUAGACCUUCUGUACUCGACACCAAGAUGGCUGGAGCUGAUCUCACAUCCAACGGUGAAACUGUUUUGGUUAUACAACCUGCCAAACCAUCAUCCAAGCAAACUCCUGGAACUUUGUUGAGCUAUGCUGUCUACACUGCUCCUAUUGGACACACCCAAGAUGAAAGUGCUUUGAACAUGCAAACUGUUUGCGGUGUUAAGGCUAGCGGUAACUUGGUUACCAAGGUUGCUGUCGCUGAUACCACUCAACAAGUAACUGCCAAAUUUAAGGUGGACAGAUCACAAAAGUACCUCGUCAACGUGCUUGCUCAAGACAACAAUGGCCUUUCUGUUCCUUACAAGGCUGCUUAUAUCAUUAAUGGUCGCGUUGUUUAUGAACCAAUCGCUGAUGGUGGAGUCAAUGUUCCUGCUCUUGUCAUUUCUCUCCUUCUCGUUUUCGUAUUUUUGGCUGUUCUUGCUUACAUUGGUGGUGGUAUGGGAUACAGAUACAAGAAGGGACAUAGAGGAAUUGAGAUGUUCCCUAACUAUGAAUUCUGGAAGAUGGUAUUCACAUGUGGUCGUUCUUCAUCCUACACCAGAUUUGAUGAUGAUCGAGUUAAUACCUCUGGAUUUGGAUCAACCAACUCAUCCAGACAAGAAAGCCAACCAAUCACAAGUGGUGGCUAUGGUUCUAUUUAA